UGGUUGCUUCGAUUCGGUUUGAUUCGUUCGUUUGCUUAGUUUGUUUGCAGCAGCACAACGCGACGGGAGCCUACUACGAUUGUUGCUGCUCACUCAGUAGGUAUCGAACUAACUGUGGUGCAGCAUUUGAAGGCCCCGCUGGUGAUGGCAACUACGAACCGUGUUCUUUUCUUUAUUAUUUAAUUUUAAUAAUGCUAAAAGUCAAAAGCUGGUGACCGGAUGAGGUAGCUUCUGAUUGGAUCAUCACAUCAGUGUAUCAUUGGUGGUGAACGGCUCGCGGCGACGCAUUGAGAAGAACUCGGAAAAGCCCGCAUGCUCUAGCUCAGAAUCUCAUCAUCGUAGUAGUCCUCGGAGGUUGCUGUCGCAGUGACUUACCAGUAUCCGACUGGCAGUGGUUCGAUCAAGAACAACCUCUUCGCGGUGUUCGUGAUUCUUGAUCUUGGUUUGCUCCGUUUUAUGACGGUGGUUUCUCUCGUUUUUGACACCAGUGGGUAAUUGCGAAAUCUGGGAAGUGUUGCUCGUUCUACAGCAUUUGGAUGCAGUGAAUAUGUUUAUGCAUUUGUAAAAGUUCAAAUAUGAAUGGUUUCACAUAGCUGUGAUUUGCUGGAUUUCUGGCUGGUGUAUUAUGGUGAAGAUUCUACCCCUGGGACCAGUUAUAAGGUGCGUUGAUGCAAGGCUGCUGAAGAUUUCGCAUGCGUCUUGACCAGAGAUUUGUGAUCAGUUUUAGUGUUGGAACGAAUCUGGUUAGAAGAUUAAAGAUCAGCGUGUGCUGUUUCGUUAGUGCAGCAGCGUGAGCAAUGCGAGUGAGGCAAUAUAAUGAAAGUGAAUAAAGUGCAGUUUUGAAAAACAAGUUUUGCGAGUUGAGUAGGGGGUGGUUUGCUUGUUUCGCGCGCAUUAUAAGGAUCAUUGUACCACAGAAGGAAAAAAGCUCAAGAAGAGACUUAAUUACGGUCUUUGAUAUUGGUUCAACCGAGCGCCUAUGGACGUCGUCGCCGAGAAGAGCCGCCGCUGGAACAACGGAACACACAAGGAAUGAAAAGUGCUUAAUGGUGUUGUCUUGUGCCACUACUGCCAUCAUCACCACUGCUACUUCUGCUGAUGCUUAGAAGGUCUUUCCUUGCUGCUGCAAUGCAGGAAAAUUGUGAGCAUAUCGAGUGUGAAACCAUGUGAAGUCACCCGCCAGAUCGACGACGUUGUUAUGGUCGCUGAGCUGCACGGUUCAACAGGAAGAAGAGCAUUAUUUUGCAGUUGCUGUUGUGGCUAAAAAUAAAAGUAUUUUAUGUAAAACCCAAAUAGAGCGCCGCGCGCCGUUGAGUCAACCACCCAAGCCGGGUCGAAUCACUGAGUGAAUUGUGUAGUGUGAAGCAAUGUGAGUAGGGAUCAGUGUGAUCGCCGGUGUAUGGAAUCUAGAAGGCGUCUCGUUCAGAUUGAAACUGCAACGGCAAUAACCGAGAAACGUGCCUCAGUGGUGUGAAUUCUGAAUUGAUGACUUGUUGUUCAAGCAGCACGUGAGCUGCCGAAGGAAUUCGGUUAAUUGCUGCUUGCCGAUAGAUUUGAAAUCUGCCGAUGCUGUCUCAUAAUCCUCGGCGAACCUUGAACCACACUGGCUGCACCCAUGGCCUCCCAGCGAUGACUAACAACAACGACAUUAUGCACUAAAGGCUGGCAAACCAGACCUAUGAACGGAAAGUGGUGGCUGCCUCGCUUAGAAUUGUACAUUACAACGGUAGCGAUUACAGAACGGCCGGUACACAGAAACGGUAGUCACAGCGCAGGGAGGGACCACGCCCCCCUCAUUGCGACGUGUUAUGACGAAGCUCAUUGUGCUCAACGUGCUGGGCACACUGGUUGGACCGUUAUUGUUGCUAACGUUGUUACUCUCAUCGCUGGACAGCUGUGUGGGCCAGCGCGAAUCACAACUGCGGCUCGGAAAAGCAAUCAAUAUCUUCAUCCGCUAUGGUUACCUAUCGAUAUCGAUGAAGGUAAUCUCGUACAAUGAUAGCGAGACGUGGCUGUUCAAGGAACCAACUAAGAAUAUCUUCAAGGGCCUCAACCAGGUGAAAACCGAAGAGUACGAAGUGAAACCGGGCGUCUUCAAUGGCGACUUCCACAUGGAAUUCUGCGACAACAAGCGCCAACUAUUUCAGGCAUACUUCCGAGACUUUCAAAUCGAACGACUAGACAACCCGUGGAGGGCCUACACCGAGGGCUGGCACACGGAAAUCGCUGCCAAAAAGCUAGGAAUCCAAAGCAAAUACCUCGAUCGAGACGACUACUGCUACGUGCUGGUGAGGGUAUCGCGGUUUCGAGAUAGCGCCAAGUUCGCCAAGCCCAUCCCACCCAACCAGGUGCUGGAGAGUGACGUACAGCGGAAGAUCCAAACCGUUACGGUUGGCGAUACGACAUCAGCCGUGCAAUUUAUGAAUAAGUAUGGAACGCACUAUAUCAAUUCGUACGUGACAGGAAAUUCGCUGUAUCAAGUGUUUGUGUUCAACAAGCGCAAUUACGCGCACAUUAAAGAGAAGCUAAAAUCUCGAGGUGUUUUGGCGCUUUCCAAGGUGGAUCUGUAUGACCAUUUUGCGCCUUGGUACGUGGAGCAUAUGGGCAAGAUCCGAUGCGCCAGUGGGAACACCACGGUGGAAGCAUGGGCGUCCCGGAAGCUGCGGCUGUCGUACUACGUGUUCACGUACAGCAGCUUACUGAAACUGCACGGGGACGGCGCUCUGUUGAGGAUACUGAGCGAACUGCUGCAGAACGAAGCCAUACUGCAGCUUGACCUGAAAUCGCUGAGCGUGAUAUUCAAAGAGCCCCGAAAACGAGAAUGGUUCGAAGAGAUACUUGACAACUAUCUCAAAUUGUGGGAAGUUAAUAUGUAGUAUGUCGAGUGUGGGGGGAUUUUAGCAAUUACGCGAUGGAACACAUCUAAGCUCCUCACUGUCCUAUGUGAUUAGCUUUAAGUAGAUGACGAUUAUAGGAAUUUUAAACUGUAAGUAACUUUGCACGUUUAUCGUGCAUUGAAAAGUAUUUAUUGGGUUGAUAUGAAGAUAGGUUUUAAAAUCCAUCAAUAAAAUAGAUUCUGUACCAGUAGGAAGAGUGGUAUAAUAAUAGACAGAAAUAAUUAUUCUUUGAGUUCAGCGCAAAAAUAUCCCAGUGACUAAUUUAGAAAUUUCAUGAAUUCUUGCAAAUGAUCACUACAAUUGGCGAUUGAAUGGGAGAUUAGGUAAAGGAAGAUUUUCAUAUUUGGAAGCAAAACUAAUAUAUUUCCGAGCAAAACAUUGCAUUGUUUUGUAUGAAAGUCCCCGUACUCAACAAAAAAUGGGUAAAUGUUUUAGAAGAAAUAGAAGAACUAGGGUGCGGGCGCACCGGUUUUGGCCAGUCUAAGGGAAAUCAUUUUUAUAAAAAUAACCAAUAAUCCUAUGAAAACAACGAAUGCGUCAAAAUGAAGGUUUCAACCUAUAUUUUGAAGGAAAAAUGCAGAAAUCAAGCCAAUACUUGAUUUUUGUAUUAAAAAAGGCACUGGCCAAAAUAGAAGCUCUGCCGCAGUUUUGGCCAUAUUCUUAUGUUUGGUUUCUAUUUUGGCCAAUCACGUGUAUUUCUAAUGGGAGUGGCCAAAUUAGAAGCACCCUGGCCAAAAUAGAUAUAUGGGAGCAGAUUUUUUAAGGAAAUAUAUUUUUUUCUUCCAGUUUUUAAUCAAAAUGUGUGGUUUUCACAGUUGUAAUCAUCAUAUUGUAUUAGGAUCUACUAGUAAAAAAUAAAUUUACACCGAUUUAGAUCGCAACAGGCUCAAUACCGCACUAUGGCCAAAACUCCGGACUGGCCAAAACUGAAGCUUCUACCCUAUGCAUUAUGAUUGCCAACAAAUAUUGCGGAUUUUGCCCCGUAAUAGAUUUACGCGCGGAAAAUUUUGUCCCACCAAAAUAUUCUCCCACCGCUUUUCCCAUAGAUUGGGUUCUGUCACUGCUAUCGAAAACAACAUUGAACGCACGCUCUUGGUUGGUGCAAUGGAUACAUGGUUCGUUCAGCUGCUAACUGCCAUGCAAACUGACAUGUGACUAUUUAUUUUUUCUCUUCGAAGAUUUGCUCGAAAGUCUAUCAACGAAUAAAAAAUGCAAUAACGGCCGCUUUGGAUUUUUGCAGUGUCACCUCGUGUGUUUGAAACUUGUAUAUAGGUAAUUCUCGUUAAAACCGACCCACUAUUUACACCUUAUCUUCAACAAUGUUUUAGAUUUUCUGAAGGCCUUUUUUAUUUCAAUAACUCUCAAUGCUUUGGGGUUUAACAUGGUGUACGUCACACCACACCUUAAGGGGGCUUAGAAGUUUGAGGUUGUGUCUAGGCCAUGGGUUUGGUACAAAAAAAAAAAACAAAAAAAACGUAUACAAAGGCGGAAAUUGGAGGGAGGAAAACCGUUACAAAAAAAUAAUGAUCGCAAAGAAUUACUUUUUUACUUUGAUUUUGAAGCCACCUUAAUACAUACAUGCUCUUCCUAUUGGAAAUGUCAAAAAAAUAAAACUCUGAAUGGCAAACACGUACAUUUCUAUCGCCCAAAGAUUUGCUAAUUAUUAGCAAAGAUAGACAAAACCUAUCAACAGUCAAGCAACGGGAAGAAACCGUACUAGUUCUGAGUAGAACUAAUUGCCAAGUCACAAGUAAUACAAUCCAACAAAGGCAAUAAAAAGCAACAACUUUUAGUGCAUAAGGAAAACCUUAGGUAUUUAACUUUGACGCGAUAAUGCUAGUAAAAUAAUGUUUCUAGUGCCAAGUAUUCCCAUGUGCAUCCCCACCGGAUGGAUGAUCAUCAACAAAUAGACGAGGAGAUAGGGAUGAAACAAAAAGCAAUCAAUUUCAAACUACUUCACUGCUGUGAUAGAUUAGAUAAUAACUUAGGUAGUGUAAGAUUCCCCCGUUUCGGUGACCGUGAGCUUCGGAAUGCAUGCGUCUAACAAGAGGAUUAGAAAAGAACAAUUACACGACGCCCGUGGAUGCCGGAACUAAAUUAACUAGAAGAGAAUCACCCUUGUCAGUAUCAAUUUCAAUCAGGUGCAACGCCGAAUAGUUACUUGACAUGCUAAAUGCACAACUAGAUGUUCCUUCGGUGUUUGACACUCACGAUCUUUGACAAUAAUUGUGCAAUCACCUAUGUUUCCUGGAAGAUAGUUAAAUGACACAGACGAAGGGAUGAGCAUUUAAUUUUCGCAUAACCGGAAAGUGAAAAUAGGGGAACUCGAUCACUAGCAGAAAUUUUGCAUGCGUACAUAGGGUUAGAGAUAAUGAAUAAUUAGAUGAGAGCAUGCAAGCAAAUAGUCUAUCGUUGAUAAUGUAAAUAUAAGUUAAAAACUAAUAAACCCAGCUUUAAUCUUGUAAAA